GCCUUCCCCCUGCCUAAAGAUAGACAAAGGCUACCGUUAGCAUGCUAUUGCGUUAGCUCAUCAACUAGAUUCUGGGCACUGCUCAUUUUUCACGUCUGCCCGGUAUUUCGCUGAUGAACUAACGCUUAGACGCCUUGCCAAUGUAUUUUACAGCGGCAAAAAUGCAUAGGCGACGUUGGAAAGACUGGUGUGCCGUCUGGGUAUGUUGGUUUUCAGUGCUGGGCAGUAGCGAAGCGACUAAUUUAAUUACAUUCUCUAGUAGCUUGGUCGUAGCGUCACUACUAUGUAUCGAGUAGCUAACAUCCCUGUAGUAAUGCUAUUUUUCCUCAAGUAGCGACGUUUUUGUCCCCCAUCGAUUUUACUCAAUGAUUUUUGUUUUACUUUCUCUAUCCUGAAACCUAGGCAGUCACACAGGGGUUCCAAGACCCACCGGCGUAAAAUCAAGUCAAAGGCUGCUGUCUCAUAAUAUGGCGAAGACGAGUCACCUGAAGGCCUAACUCGCCAUAGAAGACUGAAAGAAUUGUCCUGCAGGAUGCUGUGUCCUGCAAUCCUGUGUACUGUGCUACAGACGCAUGUGGAGGUCAACCCAAAAUGGGCACAGUCUCACCGCAGAAGAGUGAAAGAGGAUCCUGGCAGGGAGACGGUAGUGUCCUGCAGAAUGGUGAUGGGCCAAUCUUACAAGAGACCACAGAAAACUGAUAUAGUGAACUAUAGAAACAACAGUGCCUGCUGCAGUAUAAUGAGGACACCCUGAGCAGAGAGCUCCAAUAGACCCAGGUCCAGUGUCUUGGCAGGGUGAAAUGGCACUGAUAUGGUGUCCUGCAGGAUGCUGUGUCCUGCAAUCCUGUGUGCUGUGCUACAGACGCGUGUGGAGGUCAACCCAAAAUGGGCACAGUCUCACCACAGAAGAGUGAAAGAGGCUUUAAAACUUAAGGCCACCGCUAUGGAGGGAGCGGCUGCAACCGCCACCAGCGCAGCAGCUGCCCAACAAGCUCGACCCUCCGAUUCCUCCACCUCCAGCUCCUCCACCUCCUCUUCAAGUGACUCGGAGCCAGAGAGGAAGAGAAAGAAGAGGAACAAGAGAGACAGGAAAAAGAGAGAGAAGAAGAGGAUGGAGAAGAAGCAGAAGAAGAAGAGGAAGAAGGACACAAGCACAGACAGACAGAAGGAGAGAACUUGCGAACACUUGCACCCUAUUGCGGAGCUCGCCUUCAGUAUCACCGCGGAAGGGCCUCUGCUACAUGGCGAAGAAAAAAAUAGGUCUUUGGCAUUUUAGGGAUAAGAAACGAGCGGAGGUGUCCCAUCCUGUGGCUGGUGAGGAGAAGAGGACGGGAGAAUCUUAUCCCAAUUGUGGUCAAGCAUGUGCGUCCAGGAGCCACCCUGAUCAGUGAUGAGUGGCGAGCAUACAGAGGCGCAUUAGCUGCCAUUGGCUACACUCACUUCACUGUUAACCAUUCAAGAUGGUUUGUUGAUCCAAACAGUGGGGCCCAUACACAGCACCUUGAGAGGGGUUACUGCCACACUUAUUGUGUGUGUGUGUGUGUGUGUGUGUGUGUGUGUGUGUGUGUGUGUGUGUGUGUUACAAUAUGUGAAGGCCUAUGACUUGCUUUCAUAAUAAUAAAAAGUUAUUGCUCUC